UUCUAAUGACCCCAGGCGUUCUGUGUUGCGCGUUAAGGCACAUUCAAGCCCAAUAGAACCGAUAAAAACUUGAACUGGAUUGAAAUUCAGCUUGUUUCACGCGUGGUGAGCGUUACUACGGUGGAGACAGGCGCACUUCGGCCCUCGCCCCUCGGCCGAGGACAGGACGCGAAAAUGGACUCUAUGUCCUCCAGGAUAACACUGUUUUGUAAUUAACCGCGAGUUGUGUGUGUCAGCGCAAGGAAAACCUAGUUGGGUAGAAUAACAAGGAGACGUAAAAUGUAAAAUAUAAAAACAUUAUAAUGUAACUAUGAAAAAAGUUUUAUUCUUCAAGACAAAGAAAAAUGAGUGCGACGUUUUGCAAAUUGUUUCGUUACUGCUGGUUCUACCCCCCAUUUUGCGAGCUCAGAAUACCGUGGGCUGCCCCGACUUAAUAAAAACUAACAAAUGUUCUUGUUACACAUUUGAAGACGGCUUGUUUCUUGAUUGUCAGGAUACGGCUUCGAAAGACAUAAAAAAUGCUCUUAAAAGUGUGUCUGACAUACACUCACUUUCCGUUUACGACCUCGACGACAACGAAGAAGCUCUGGGACCCCAUUUUAUACCUCAAGGCGUUUGUAUAAAGCAUAUUCAUAUGUCAAGAACAAGCAUAAAAGACAUUGGAGAUGAUACGUUUAUGCCGCUGAGAAAGUGCCUUGAAACGUUAAGCGUCGUAUCGAGCAAAAUCAAAAUGAUUCCCCAGAAAGCUUUAUCCGGCAUGCUGAAACUGAUAUCGAUCGACUUGACGUCUAAUUAUAUCGAAGACAUACCGAGCUACAGCUUUUAUGGUCUUCCGCUUAUGAAACUAAACAUAAAGGGAAAUGUUAUACGCGAAAUAUCGGAAUCUGCAUUCUCGAGUCUCGAGCAAACACUCUUGGAAAUCGAUUUGAGUGAAAACAAUCUCACAACGUUUCCCAUAGAAGCUUUUGCAAAAUUAAGGCACCUUCGAUCUCUACGACUAGCUUGGAACGAAAUGUCAUCAUUCCCCGUAGUGGAGAAUUCUGAUUUGAUAUCACUAGAGUACCUAGAUUUAAGUUCCAAUAAUUUUGAAUUUAUUUCAGAAGACUGCCUUAAAUUUUGUCCGUCCCUGAUAACAUUGUCAUUCCAUUUUAAUUUCAUCAACAGCAUACAUUAUAGGGCAUUCUAUUCAUUGAAUAAUUUAAAAUCUCUUGAUUUGAGUCAUAAUAGAAUAAAAAUACUGAAUCCCAAUUUAUUUCAGAACAACAAGUACAUAGAAUACAUAGAUUUAAGUCACAAUCACUUGCACCACAUCCACGGGUUAUUUUGUAACUUGCCAUCGCUCACAGAAGUAAUAUUAAGUCAUAAUAAUAUUUUGGAUGUGCCAAUAGACUCGUUUAUUAAUUCAAAGAAAAUUAAUGCUAUACAUUUGGAUAAGAAUUGUAUAAACAACAUUCAUAGUGAGAGCUUUAGUAAUUUAGAGAAUCUUGGUAAGCUUAGUCUAGAAUUUAAUUAUUUGAAUCAAGUGCCACAUAAUAUUUUUAUAAAUAAUAAGAAUAUAUUAAAACUAAGACUAGACAAUAACAUUUUUUCAGAAUUUAAUAAUGACACAUUAGGACCCUUGGUAAACAUUAAUGAGAUAAGAUUAAAUAACAACAAGAUUAAAGUCGUUACGAAAAAUUAUUUUAUAAAUUCUAUCAAACUAGAAAAAGUUUACUUGGACCACAACGAGAUUACUUUCAUAGAACCUGGUACAUUUUUAGAAAUGACUGAUUUAAAAUAUCUCAGUCUACAUUAUAAUUAUAUCAUAGUUUUAAAUGACGUUUUGCCAAAAUUUAGUUCGAGUUUAGUUACGUUACAUUUAGAAUCAAAUUCGCUAUCUCUAAUAGGCAACUUUAUGUUGCACUCACAAGAAAAACUGAAUUACUUGAGCUUAAAAAAUAAUCGCUUGAAAUUUUUAACUAAGAACACGUUUCGCAAUUUAAGUCUCGUUACGAGAAUCGAAUUAAAUAAUAAUGACAUUUCUGUCAUAGAAGACUUCUCAUUACAGCACUUAAGCUCUGCACGCUAUCUAGAUUUACAGUACAAUUUACUAAGUAACAUUACCAAUUACACGUUUUUUGGUUUAACUGAAAUUGAAGAUUUAGACAUCUCUCACAAUUCAAUUACCUUCAUUUUCGAAAUGGCGUUUGACACUUUGAAAAAACUACGUAGCUUAAAUCUUUCAUUUAAUCCGCUGAAGACACUUCAAAAAAAUAUAUUUCAGCAAGGCUUACCGCUAAGCUCACUAUAUUUAGAUAAUUGUGAAAUUCAGUUCAUAGAAAAUGGUACUUUCUUUGGUUUGAAUAAUUUAAAAUUACUUUCACUUAAAAAUAAUUCCCUGAAAGCUAGAGACUUAUUGUCGGUUAAUAUUCCCGGGCUGAAAUAUUUAACUUUAUCUUUUAACGUUCUUGACUAUCUCCCAGUAGAGACAUUUACUCAGCUCCCACUUUUAGAAGUUCUCUAUAUGGAACACUGCAAUGUUGAACAUGUUUUUGAGGGCACAUUCAGAAAUAAUAGAAAUUUGUUGAGACUGAACUUAGCACAGAAUAUUAUCAGUACAAUUCCUUCUGUAUUAUUUGAGUUACAUAACUCAGUUAUGGAAUUCAAUAUAAGCAAUAACUUUUUAGAUUUUGUGCCAUACAACACGUUUGAAAACUUCACUAAUGUCGAGAGUUUAGAUCUUGCAGAUAAUCUCAUACCAAAAAUAGAACUUUGCGGUUUCGAAAAAUUAACAAAACUAAAAUAUUUGGUUUUAAGAAAGAAUGAAAUCAAAGCUUUAACUAUGAGCAAGAAAACUGAAUAUCCCUAUUUAACACUUUUUGACAUCAGCUACAACAAGUUAGACCAUCUUCCGCAUUUUAUUUUCGACAUAUUUCCAAACGUACAAAACAUUAACAUCUCUUACAACGAGAUUGUGCAAUACGAUUUUCUGUUGACAUACAAGAAGUUUGGACUAUCACUAAUCAAUAUUGACAUUAGUAAGAACCCCGAAGUGUCUUGGUCCUUAGCGAACAGAGUAAACAAUAACACACUAAUAGCAAACCUGUACGAAUUACACAUAUGUGCCACGAACAUGACGAACAUAGACGACAUCACAUUCGAACUAUUUACCAGUUUACAGCAUCUUUAUCUCAAAUUCAAUAAAAUAAGGCGUCUGUCUGUAAGCCCAUUUUCCAAAUUAACUUUUUUAGAAAGUUUAGACAUAAGUUAUAAUAGGAUUUCUCAACUGAAAACCAGCAAUUUCCGUGGACUAACUAAGUUGAGAACACUGUGUUUAUCAAAUAAUAACAUCGAAUCAAUAGAAUCCUUCGCUGAAGAGUUGAGUAAUUUGAAACUUUUGGAUCUUUCUCACAACAAGUUGCAAAACAUUCUUAAUGAAGACCUUAUAAACUUGAAAGAGCUAACGGUAUUGCACUUGAGCUACAACAACAUCAAAUAUAUUUCUGUAACAGCAUUCAAGAACUUGAAUAAAAUAAUACAAAUUGAUUUGGAACACAAUAAGUUACAGACAAUACCUAUAGAGUUAUUAACUUCUGUUGAAAAUUAUAUUCAAGAUAUUUCGAUAAAGGAUAAUGUUAUUCUAUGCAGCUGCCAAAAAGAUAACGCUUGGGUGUGGAUUCAAGAUCAUCCUAAAGUUAUAAAAUCCAAUUUAGUUACUUGCUUCAACAAUGAAUACCCGAAAGAAAAAUGCGAUGUGCCAGUGAUAUCUCAGCUUUCCGUAGACAGACAUAAGGACAACUCUGUAUCAGUCUCGUGGUUCAUCAGAAACCGCACAGCUAUUAAAGCUUUACAAAUCCUAUAUUACGGGGAAGAUGGACACACAGAUGUGAAAUCUAAAUACUUGGAAAAAAGUGAAGUAUCAGUUCACAUUAAGGACCUAGAGCCAAAUGUAAAUUACGUGGUGUGUGUCAUCGCUCUGUCGGAGGAACCAAUUGACUACGAGGACGAGAUAAUACUGGCUGAAGUUAAUAAAACAAUUGACGAUAAUGCCAACUCCACAGUCAGAAUCACGCAAGAUGUAGCAGCUGCAAUACUCAUGCGAUCUCCUUCAAGCGAAUGCGUUUCAUUUAAUACAUUUAGGAAGCCAACAACAGUAAAAGCUAAAGCGAAUAAAAAAUUCCAAAUAUCGUCAAUUUUAAAUCGCCGAAUGGGCUUAAUAGUCGGGUGCUCGUUAGGGUUCGUUGUGUUUUUUAUCAUGGUUUCCGUUUUGUUGUACACAAAAAUAAAAGAAAGGAAAAGAAUAGCCAAAUCCGACCCAGCGUGGUCGGAGAUGAACGAUUAUCAUUCAAUGGCGAGUAAAGAUGAUAUUUUACAAAGUUCCACUACAGCUUCGACAGACAACAUUCUGUUGGGUAUGGCAAAAAAUCGUAAACAAUCUUUAGAUCAUUUGAACUAAACAUAGAUUCUAGACAUAGGUAGGAAGUAUACCUUUGAAGUGAACAAUAAAUUCUAAAUUCGGAAUAAUUAGAAAAAUAUUUAUACCUACAUUAUUAUAGUUGCUUAAUUUUACGACUGUUCGCUUAUGAUAGCUAGAUACUUAGACGUAGAACGUAGUGCCUACAUAGUAGGAAAAUUGUACCUUAAAAUAUUGGGUAGGUAGUUUAGUCAUAGAAACUUAACUAUGAAAUAAAACUGUUGGCAUGGUUAUCAGUUAUUAUAAGAGUUUUAUUUUCGU